UGAUGUUUGCCUGAGAACGGGCCGACUGGUUUUUCUCACAGCCAAGGGACAAAGGAGAAGGACCGUAACUUUUCUCCUUGGAAUCCCAGGUGAAAGACAUCCGUUAUUCUGAGUUCUAGACUACACCAGGUGAAUGGAGAGAUCUGUUAUUCUGGGUUUUAGACUACACCAGGUGAAUGGAGACAUCUGUUAUUCUGAGUUCUAGACUACACCUGGUGAAUGGAGAGAUCUGUUAUUCUGGGUUCUAGACUACACCAGGUGAAUGGAGACAUCUGUUAUUCUGAGUUCUAGACUACACCUGGUGAAUGGAGAGAUCUGUUAUUCUGGGUUCUAGACUACACCAGGUGAAUGGAGACAUCCGUUAUUCUGAGUUCUAGACUACACCUGGUGAAUGGAGACAUCCGUUAUUCUGAGUUCUAGACUACACCCGGUGAAUGGAGAGAUCUGUUAUUCUGGGUUCUAGACUACACCAGGUGAAUGGAGACAUCCGUUAUUCUGAGUUCUAGACUACACCUGGUGAAUGGAGACAUCCGUUAUUCUGAGUUCUAGACUACACCUGGUAAAUGGAGACAUCCGUUAUUUUGAGUUCUAGACUACACCUGGUGAAUGGAGAGAUCAGUUAUUCUGAGUACUAGACUACACCAGGUGAAUGGAGAGAUCUGUUAUUCUGAGUUCUAGACUACACCCGGUGAAUGGAGAGAUCAAUUAUUCUGAGUUCUAGACUCCACCAGGUGAAUGGAGAGAUCAAUUAUUCUGAGUUCUAGACUACACCAGGUGAAUGGAGAGAUCAGUUAUUCUGAGUUCUAGACUACACCUGGUGAAUGGAGAGAUCAGUUAUUCUGAGUUCUAGACUACACCAGGUGAAUGGAGAGAUCUGUUAUUCUGAGUUCUAGACUACACCAGGUGAAUGGAGAGAUCAGUUAUUCUGAGUUCUAGACUACACCAGGUGAAUGGAGAGAUCAGUUAUUCUGAGUUCUAGACUACACCAGGUGAAUGGAGAGAUCAGUUAUUCUGAGUACUAGACUCCACCAGGUGAAUGGAGAGAUCAGUUAUUCUGAGUUCUAGACUCCACCAGGUGAAUGGAGAGAUCAGUUAUUCUGAGUUCUAGACUCCACCAGGUGAAUGGAGAGAUCAGUUAUUCUGAGUUCUAGACUCCACCAGGUGAAUGGAGAGAUCAGUUAUUCUGAGUUCUAGACUCCACCAGGUGAAUGGAGAGAUCAGUUAUUCUGAGUUCUAGACUCCACCAGGUGAAUGGAGAGAUCAGUUAUUCUGAGUACUAGACUCCACCAGGUGAAUGGAGAGAUCAGUUAUUCUGAGUACUAGACUCCACCAGGUGAAUGGAGAGAUCAGUUAUUCUGAGUUCUAGACUCCACCAGGUGAAUGGAGAGAUCAGUUAUUCUGAGUUCUAGACUCCACCAGGUGAAUGGAGAGAUCAGUUAUUCUGAGUUCUAGACUCCACCAGGUGAAUGGAGAGAUCAGUUAUUCUGAGUUCUAGACUCCACCAGGUGAAUGGAGAGAUCAGUUAUUCUGAGUUCUAGAUUCCACCAGGUGAAUGGAGAGAUCAGUUAUUCUGAGUUCUAGACUCCACCAGGUGAAUGGAGAGAUCAGUUAUUCUGAGUUCUAGACUCCACCAGGUGAAUGGAGAGAUCAGUUAUUCUGAGUUCUAGACUCCACCAGGUGAAUGGAGAGAUCAGUUAUUCUGAGUUCUAGACUACACCCGGGGAAUGGAGAGAUCAGUUAUUCUGAGUUCUAGACUACACCCGGUGAAUGGAGAGGAGAAUGUGACAGGGAAGUGGACGUUACGUUUCUAGAACUUCUGGAGUUAAUGUAAGAGGGUGCUGGAUAACUUAAUGGAAAUAAGGACUGGAAGUUUGACUGGAUUUCAUGGAGAUAACUCAGUGGCUCACCCAGUGGGUAACAGGGGGUCGUUCUACCUCUCCCAGAGCUGCUAAGCACCCCGGACUGCGCCGAAGCAAAACGCGUAGAGUGACUGUUCUGAGAACGUCAUGUUUCGCUGCUCUCGGCGGUGCGCUCUUUUUCCUCCUUGGAGUGUGUUUGCUCAAUCUCCCGGACCCGCGACAGCAAGCCUUCCCUCUGACUGAAGGUGAACCCAGAGAUGUCACCCUUCUGCUGUGGACGCACCCCUUCGGCCGUUACCGCAGACUGCCGGACUGUGAGGCGCGCUUUGGAAUCCGUGGGUGCGUACUGACCGACGACCGGCGCAUGUACCCUGGGGCUGACGCCAUCAUCAUGCACCACCGUGAGAUAACGACCAAUGCCACGGCGCUCCCGUCUGACCCACGACCCCGUGGCCAGAAGUGGAUCUGGAUGAAUUUUGAGUCCCCGUCUCACACCCGUGGCCUGCGGCGGUUCGAGGGCGUGUUCAAUCUCACCAUGACCUACCGUGCAGAUUCAGACAUAUUCCUUCCUUACGGCUACCUGGUGCCCCGCCUUCGCCCUCACGCCAACGCCCCCACACACACACGACCCAGACGGCCUCACCUACUGGCCUGGGUCAUCAGUAACUGGUCGGAGUCGCAGGCCCGCGUGGCGUAUUACCGUCGGCUGGUUAACUACGUUGACGUGGAUGUGUUCGGGCGCGCAGGCGUGCCACUGCCAGAGGACAGCACUGUGGCGCGCACGGUGAGGCGUUACCUGUUUUAUCUGGCGUUGGAGAACUCCCAGCACCCCGACUACAUCACCGAGAAGCUCUGGAACUCUUUACUGGCCGGGGCCAUUCCUGUAGUUCUCGGGCCGCCGCGGGAAAACUACGAACGCUUCCUCCCCCCUGAGGCCUUUAUCCAUGUGGACGACUUCCCCUCUCCCCGCCUGCUCGCCCAAUACCUGUUGCUGCUACGCCGGAGCCCUGCCCUCCUGCAGAGACACCUGGCCUGGAGGAGGAGCUACAGCGUACACCUGACUGCCUUUUGGGCGGAGCAUUACUGCACAGCGUGUCGAGCCGUGCGGAACCACAGACUCCGGACGAACACCAUCACCAACCUUCAGCGCUGGUUUGAGUCCUGACCUCAGUGUGGAACCACAGACUCCGGACGAACACCAUCACCAACCUUCAGCGCUGGUUUGAGUCCUGACCUUUGACUGGUUUCUGACCCUCUGAUAUAUGAACAUGAGCAGGGACCCCAUAGCAACUGUCUUUAACGACAUCUAGCAAACCGUGGUUCACGGGAAUGAACGUUUUAUAACAUCAUUGAACUGUGAUUCACUUGGUCUGUUAGUUAUUUGUAUUUGACAGGUUUCAGUAGUGCUAUGAAGUCAGUUGUGUCAGACUGUAUAAGAAACAUAGACAUUUUGUCUCGUGUGUGUCUGUGUGUGUGUCUGUGUGUGUGUGUGUGUGUGUCUGUGUGUGUGUGUGUGUGUGUUUGUGUGUGUGUGUGU